CGUUCUCGCAUUGCAUUGCCAAUCCAUUUCUGUAAUUUCCCCCUCCACUCCCCGAGAACCCAUCCCAGCCCGGACUGGAAGGUAAUCGAUUCAUGCUGUCAGUAAAAAGCUCUGCGUCAGAGUCUUGUCGCCUGCUAUAAAAAGCCCUGCCAGUGCCGCUGCAUCCUCGCAGACCUCUCUCCACAGCAGCAGCAGCAGCACUACGGAAACCGUCUCUGCUCUCUUCUCUCUUCAACAAACAUGAGCUCCUUGAGUUACAACCCCUAUCUGCCAUCUGUGCAGCGGAGGAGGGUGGUGGUACACAGCGGGAUGCCCUUCAGCGGAGGAAGCAGUCGCUCUCGCUCCGUCUAUUCGACCUAUUCAUCCCCGUCCCGUGCCUCGGUUCUGUCCUCCUCAGCAGGUCUGCAGCUUUCUGCUGCAUCACCAGAUCUGGACCUGAGCCAGGCCUCUCAGCUGAGCUCAGAGUUCAAAACAGUGCGGACGCAGGAGAGGGUUCAACUUCAGGACCUUAAUGACCGCUUUGUUGGCUUCAUUGAGCGCGUGCAUGGCCUGGAGCUCCAGAACCGUGCCCUGGAGGCAGAGCUGCUCUUGUUGCGCCAGAGACACUGCGAACCCUCCCGUCUCAGGGGGCUGUACGAGCAAGAGGCGAGGGAACUCCGUGCGGCCGUAGACGAGGCCCGUAGGGAGCGCCAAGUGGCUCAAGAAAGGCGGGACCGACUGGAAGAGGCGCUAAAGGCCUUGCAGGGUCGCUACGAAGAAGAAGUCCUGGCCCGUGAGGAAGCCGAAAGACGGCUGGUGGAUGCCAGGAAGGGGGCGGACGAUGCAGCAUUGGCCCGCUCUGAGCUCGAAAAAAGGGCUGACAAUCUUCUGGAUGAGCUGGCCUUCCUCAAGAGGCUCCACGAAAGUGAAAUCGCCGAGCUCCAAGCCCAGGUGCAAUACAGCGCCCAGGUGUCCGUGGAGAUGGAAGUGGCCAAACCGGACCUCUCGGUAGCUCUCCGAGAUAUCCGAGGUCAGUAUGAGCGCCUGGCUCAGCAGAACAUCCAGGCUGCGGAGGAGUGGUUCCGUGGGAAGGUGAGCACCAUGGCGGGUGACACGGUCAAACACACGGAGAACAUCCGCACUGCUAAAGACGAGGCUGGGGAGUAUCGUCGCCUCCUGAAAGCUCGAGACCUGGAGAUCGAAGCAUGCCAGGGCUUGAACCAAGCUCUGGAGCGACAAUUGCAAGAGGUCGAGGAGAAACAGAGCGCAGAGAUCGCCGCCCUACAGGACACCAUCAGUGACUUGGAGAAUGAGCUAAGGACCAUGAAGAGUGAAAUGGCCCAUUACCUCAAAGAAUAUCAGGACCUUCUCAAUGUGAAAAUGGCCUUGGACAUUGAGAUUGCUGCUUACAGGAAGCUUCUAGAAGGAGAAGAAACACGCUUCAACGUGGGCGGUAUUGGCGGGAUCUCCAGUGUGUUUUCUCCCUCCAUCGCCGCCACUCCUUCUUUUGGCCGUCCCGUGUUCUCAGUGCAGGCCAGCCUGACCUCUGGCGCCCCCUAUCUUCUGGGAACCAGACUGAUGAGCUACUCUGCCACACCAGAUGAAAUCAUUGAAGCCAGCAAGGCACAGGAGGCCGGGGCAAGUCCAGAGAAAGAAGAAGAGGAAGAGGAGGAGGAGGUAGAGGAGGAAGAGGGUGAGAAGGAGGAGGAAGAAGAAGAGGGUGAGAAGGAGGAGGAGGAGGAAGAAGAAAAAGAAGAGGGUGAAGAAGGAGGUGAAGAGGGAGGAGAGGAAGAAGGUGAGGAUAAAGGAGAACAGGAAGAGGAAGAAGGAAAAGAAGCAGGAAAAGAGGGAGAGGAAGGAGGAAAGGGUGAAGAAUGUGAAGGUGAAGAAGAAGAUGAGGAUGAGAAGGAUGACGCUGGAAAAGAAGAGGAGAAAAAGAAAGGAGGAGAGACAAAAGAGAGUAAAGAUGAGAAAGCCAAGCCAAAAGAGAAGUAAACACACCGGACCAAAACCCCUGGUGCUAUCUGGAGGUGAUCAAACCUCGUGCAUGUAUCUCACACAUGCAGACAUCUCAACAACAACUUCACUGUGUCCUGCUGCUCGAUUUCAGAUUCAGUUCAAAUUAAAAGCAAACUAUAUACGCAGAUGAGAAUAAUAAAUGCAACUAUAGAGUUUGGCCAAAGCCAGAGUAGCCUAUGCAUGAAGACAUGUCUAACGUUUGCGCUUGGCAGGGAAGCUGUAAUUGCAGGUUGCUUGUGUUGUUUCGAUUGCCUUUUUAUUUAUUGAAAUGCAAAUAAUAUUCUUUGAGCAUUGUGUCUGUAUGCCUUCAGCAUUAAUCACACUGUCAACUGCCUAUGAUAACACAAGUGUGCUUAGUAUUCAAAAUGCCUUAGACCAGAUCCUCAAAGAAAGGCUCAUUGCCUACCAAUAAAAACUUGAUAAACCUCCUU